CUAAACUUUCUCUCACUAGACUUCUAUAAAACGGAUCUGAAAACAAGGACACGCGAGCCUCUUAGAGCGAAAACUCAAAAAGUAAACAGCCAAACAUAGGGCAAAGCGAGCAGGUCUUCAGAUAAUACCUUUUUCGCUUCGAACUCGCUGCAAUCUAAACGAUGGAUCGGUAUCAGAGGGUAGAGAAGCCGAGGCCGGAAACGCAGAUUAACGAGAAUGAGAUUCGUAUAACCACUCAGGGGAGGAUGAGGAACUACAUUACUUAUGCUACCACUCUGCUCCAGGAGAAAGGAUCUAAUGAAAUUGCUCUCAAGGCCAUGGGCAGAGCUAUCAACAAAACUGUGAUGAUUGCUGAACUGAUUAAGAGAAGGAUUGCUGCUCUCCAUCAGAACACAUUGAUUGGUUCUACGGAUAUGACUGAUAUGUGGGAACCACUAGAAGAAGGCCUUCUUCCCCUAGAAACUACUCGUCAUGUGUCGGUGAUAACAAUUACUUUGUCCAAGACGGAGCUGGAUACAUCCUCUGCAGGGUACCAACCACCCAUCCCAAUUGAGCAAGUGAAACCAUGGAAUGAAUAUGACAAUGAAGCAGAGGGCUCUCCUGGCAUGCGAGGAAGGGGACGUGGUGGUCGCGGAAGGGGUAGAGGAAGAGGAGGUAAUAACAAUGGAGUAAUGGAGUACUAUGGAGAUGGAGGAGGCUGGGAUGGUGGACGUGGCUACGGUGGAAGAGGUAGAGGUCGCGGAAGGGGCCGUGGAUAUCGUGGGCGUGGAAGAGGCUAUGGUGGAGGUGAUAUGCAACAAGAAUCGAGUGGUUACAAUGACUAUGGUGGACCAGGGCCAAUGCCUGCUCAAGGCCGUGGGCGUGGGCGUGGCCGAGGCAGGGGCCGUGGACGUGGGCGCGGGCGUGAUUUCAGAUCAGAUGGUCCAGUCCAGGUAGCUGCUGCCUGAGCCCCCUAGACUAUAAGGUAUAAAAUAUGUUUAGGUUGAAAAUUCUGGAUGCCUGCUCUGCUGAUUAUGACUUAUCUGAAGCGAAAAGAGAAAGGGAAAAAAAAAAAGAAGUUUGAUCUUGGUGUUGAUUUUCUAGGGAUAUUGUUUAUAGUAAGCUGCUGCUGCUGUUGCUAUGUGGUAGCUAUGUUUUUGUAGUUUGAAGGUAGAAAUAUUUUUAUUUAAUGCCAAAAGAAAACUAGUAAUUGUACACUUUAUCCUUUUUGUAGGGAAUAAUAGAGCAGUACAUUCUUUGAUUCUUAA